AACAGAAAUAACAAACUGAAGAAGCUGCCGCCCCUCACUCUCACUCUCAUUCUGCCCGAAAGAGAGAAUACAAUUCCCACUCCCAAUUCUAAAUCCCCCUCGCCCUUGUCCAUCUGCGCUCACAAUGUUGCUUGUUGCUGCUGCAGUUUCUUGUUAAAUCCUUCCCAUCACAGAUAGCCGGAUUCGAAUUCUUGACCGGCAAUGACCCGGAUUUCGCGGCGAAACACUCGAGACAAAACAACCGUCGAUGCACAAUCGCCCAACCCGAGGACCCGAAUCCCCGUCACCCGAAGCCGCCGCGGUUUCAAUCGGAUCAUUAAUUCCACCUUCACGAUUUUAUUUUCUAUUGGAAUUCUUCUCAUCUUUAUCGGAUUUUAUAUGAAGAAUGAUUUCAUAAAUCUUGCAAAGAAGACUGUAAAACCCAGGGUUGUCACGCCGUUACCAGCUCCGAAGCUCAUGGAUCUUCCUAUGUUUCAAGGGGAGCACAAGGAGAGUUUGUAUUGGGGAACAUAUAGGCCUCAUAUUUAUUUUGGGAUUCGAGCGCGGACUCCUCAGUCUCUGCUGGCAGGUCUGAUGUGGCUUGGUGUUAAGGAUGGAAGAUAUGUCAUGAGGCAUGUAUGCCAGGACUCGGAUGAGCUCACGACAUAUGGUUGGACACAUCAUAAUGGACGUGAUUAUGGUCGUCAAGUAUUGGUUGACCAAAAAUUGGUGCUGACCACGAGUUUCCUGAAAUCCAAGGAUGAAGAGAGUGGUUAUGGGGGGGACUGGGCAUUUCGAAUUGAAGCACAAAAUGAAGUACUUAAUGAGGAAAUGGAAGAAAUUGUGCACCUUUUCUUUUAUGUGGCUGAUGAAGGUGGAACUGCUCUAGGUCUGGGUAAGGGUACCUCAGACAAUCCUGAUGACUUCCUUCUGGCGUUUGGUUCAAGGAAUGAUGUUGGUAAUUGGCAACUCCAUCUAGAAUCAAAGGAGAGCUUUGAGUUCCAUUAUGCUGGUUUCAAGACACAUCACAUUCACAAUUUAUCCGAACUUGUCCAAACCAAUCUUGCAAUUCAGGCUAGGACAACUGGUCGGCUUCAACUCUCGGAUACAUCCGAUCACGCUUCAAAUAUUCUAGUUUUCCAGGUUUCUGCAGUGAUUCCUUUCAAAGCGGAUAUUGCUUUUGUAACAAAAUUGAGCGGUUCCACUUCAAGAUUGAAAGAACGUGUCAGAAGCCUUACUGGUGACUCUUUAUCCAGCCAUCUCGAGCAGAAACAGGAGCAAUUUAACGACAGAUUCCAGAGAUGUUUUGACAUGUCUGAUGAGAUCACCCCUGAAGCCAUAACAGUCGCCAAAGCAGCACUCGGGAAUUUGCUGGGUGGGAUUGGCUACUUUUACGGCCAAUCAAAAAUUUCACUUCCACCUUCCUCCAAACUUGUACCUGGCGACAAUUAUAUUCCCUAUUGGCCAGCUGAGCUAUACACAGCAGUUCCAAGUCGUCCCUUCUUUCCUAGGGGGUUUCUGUGGGAUGAAGGUUUUCAUCAGCUACUGAUAAGGCGAUGGGAUGCUAAUAUUUCUUUGGAUAUCAUCGGGCAUUGGUUAGAUCUGAUGAAUGCUGAUGGAUGGAUUCCGCGUGAACAAAUUUUAGGUGCUGAAGCUUCAAGUAAGGUCCCAUCGGAGUUUGUGCUUCAGCAUCCGACAAAUGGAAACCCACCGACAUUAUUCUUGGUUCUACGAGAGUUUGUUUGCAGCAUUAAGAAACACAAAUUUAGUGCCUCACAAUCAAAUGACAUCUCCACAUUCUUACGGCGAGCAUUUGUGCGUCUCGAUGCAUGGUACAAGUGGUUUAACACUACUCAAUCAGGGAAAGAUGUUGGCACCUACUUUUGGCAUGGGAGAGACAAUGUCACCACACGUGAACUGAAUCCAAAGUCACUGUCUUCUGGAUUGGAUGAUUAUCCACGUGCAUCACACCCUAGCGAAGAUGAACGCCAUGUGGACCUUAGAUGUUGGAUGCAUCUUGCUGCUGAUUGCAUGAGUUCCAUUUCAGAGUUUCUCGAGGAUAGUCACAUCGGAAAGGAGUAUAGCUUGACGGCAAAGCUGCUAUCAGAUUUUGACCUUUUAAAUCAGAUACAUCUUGAUAAUACCAGUGGAGCUUAUUCUGAUUAUGGAAAUCAUACAGAGAAGGUUCGUCUAAGUUGGCAGAUGGUGGAAUCAGCUGGUGGUUAUCCUUCACGUGAACUUUUACGAGAAGUGCUGGAGAAACCUGUGCUGAGACUGGUCCCUCAUAUUGGCUAUGUUAGCCUUUUCCCCUUCAUGGGUAGGCUUAUACCAGCUGAUUCAUGGAUAUUAGAGAAACAGCUUGAUCUAAUCUCAGACACAAGUAUUCUGUGGACUAAGUUUGGACUCAGAUCCCUUGCCAAAACAAGCUCAAUAUACAUGCAAAGGAAUACUGAGCACGACCCACCAUAUUGGAGAGGGCCGAUUUGGAUGAAUAUGAAUUACAUGAUUCUUUCAGCAUUAAACUACUAUUCUCAAGUUGAUGGACCGUAUAAAGACCGAGCAAAGAUCAUAUACACUGACUUGCGGAACAACUUGAUUCAAAAUGUGGUGAAGAACUACGAGAAGACGGGCUUUUUGUGGGAACAGUAUGAUCAAAAGAAAGGGAAGGGAAAAGGUGCACGAUUGUUUACUGGUUGGACAUCACUUAUAGCAUUGAUCAUGGCUGAAGCAUAUAGUGAGUGUUAGGCUGGCUAAAUGAUGCAGUUUCCAAAUCUUCAACGAUGUAUGUUUUCCAGCUAAUUGAAGAAUUGAUGAUAAAACAAUUCAAGAAUUUCGACAUCUUUUGUUAAUA